AUGGCGUCGCAGAGAGAACAAGAGGCCGCUGAUUAUCUAAAAAAACACAAAAUAAUGGAGCUCAUGGAAAACCUGACCAGCAUGCUCUUCUUUUACAGACCUGAGAAACCCAGAGAGUUUCUUAUUGAGCAGCUGGAACAGCUGAAGAUUUCUCGACAGAGUGGAGUGAAGGGGCCGAAUCUCUUCAACAACUCCAACCUGGAUGCAGUCUUGGGGAUACUGGACCCCACCAAUCAAAAAUACAUCACUUUUGCACAAUACAAGCAGGCACUGACCACACUGGGCAUAAAAGACUUUAAUGAAUGUCCUGAAGGUGCAAAUGAAGACAGAAUAUCCCAUGAGACUUUCAAAACUGAAGCGAUGCAAGGCCUGCAGAGAUGCUCAGCAACAUAUGAACAGCCAUGA